AAUAAAUUGCAAACGUGACGCGGCACGCAAAGGUUUCUUUUGAAUCCUCGACAAGGAAGCAAACGAUUCGGAGAGAGCGAAAAUCGCCCUGAAUCUUUUCGAAGGAGUAAAGUUGGAGUCGUAACAAUAAAAUGGAUCGGGUCCCCGCCGCAAAUGGGCUCUCUUUCCGGGUCGGAUUCACCGGCCACAGCGGCCACCUCAGAAUUGAACCUCUCCCUCCUGUCGAACGCCCCAAUCCCCUGCACUCACUCCCCGACUUCAUUCCUCCACCAGCGUUUCCGUUGGAAACGCCUGAAACUAUUAAGGAGUACAUAAAGGAGAAACAUUUGCUGCCUAGGUUGGAUGAGGAUGUCUUUUCUCCGGAAAAUGCGGGACGGCAGUGGGAAUUUGACUGGUUCGAUAGAGCCAAGACCGAGCUAGAGCUUUCAUUUCCACGGUCGGUGGUUGUUCCAAGAUGGGAAAUGCCUUUCAGGCGCAAAAACCAUGGCCUGGGAGAUGAAAGGUGGGAGCCGAACUCGGUAGAGGUAGAUGUAUCAGAACUCACAGUAGGAGCCAAGGAUUCUGGUGCUUUGCCUCGCAUUGUUGGACCUGCAAAAGAUUUUGUAAGAGGAAGCAUCAACAACCGUCCUUUUCACCCAGGUGGCUUGGAUAAUACUGAUUCCUUGGGAAAGAUACUUCCAGAUGGUGCUUGCAAUGGUGAAUGGGUAAAAGAGGUUCUUAACGGGGGUCCUGCACAAGUCGUUCCCCCAGGUUUUAAAGAUGGACUGGAUUUUGGUGAUCUCAAGGGACAUUCUUGCACAUGGAAUGUUUUUGAGAAUCAAAGUGCAGUGAAAAGUGCGCCAGAUAUGAACGAGUUUUCCGUGCAGUUUGAUGACUUAUUUAAGAAAGCUUGGGAAGAGGAUGUCAUAGAAUCUGUGGGAGAUGGCCACAUGUUGGAGUUAAAAACGGAAGUGAAAGAGCUGGAGUCUGUCAAGGAAUCUAGUCAGACUGAAACUGAAGUAAAAGAGCUGUAUGUGGCUGGUGUUAACACAAAGGGCGAACCAUCUGCUAUAGAUCAAAUUUUGUCUGUUGAGUCUGAAAAAUCGAUGCCAAGGUUCGAUGGAGAUAAUGAUGAUGAUGCACAACAACAAAAGGAGGUGUGGGCUCUUAGCAGAGGCAGUGAAGAGAUUGCAGAACGGUUUUAUGAACUUGUUCCUGAUAUGGCGCUUAAUUUUCCUUUUGAACUUGAUCCUUUCCAAAAGGAGGCUAUCUAUCAUCUUGAAAGAGGGGAUUCUGUUUUUGUGGCAGCUCAUACGUCAGCUGGGAAGACUGUUGUUGCAGAAUAUGCAUUUGCUCUCGCUUCAAGACACUGUACAAGAGCUGUGUAUACUGCUCCAAUUAAAACCAUCAGCAAUCAGAAGUACAGAGAUUUUUGUGGGAAAUUUGAUGUUGGUCUACUCACAGGUGAUGUUAGCUUGAGGCCUGAGGCCUCUUGUCUCAUCAUGACCACUGAGAUAUUAAGAUCAAUGCUCUACAGGGGUGCUGACAUCAUACGUGACAUAGAAUGGGUCAUAUUCGAUGAAGUGCAUUAUGUUAAUGAUGUUGAAAGAGGUGUAGUUUGGGAAGAAGUUAUUAUAAUGCUUCCUAGGCAUAUCAACUUUGUGCUACUUUCAGCCACGGUACCAAACACCAAUGAGUUUGCUGAUUGGAUUCGCCGGACAAAACAAAAGCAAAUUCAGGUUAUUUGUACGACUAAAAGACCAGUCCCACUGGAGCAUUGCCUUUUUUAUUCUGGAGAGCUUUACAAGAUCUGUGAAAAUGAACAAAUUCUGCCGCAGGGUUUAAAAGCUGCCAAAGAUGCUACCAAGAAGAAAAACACAAAUGUUGCUGGAGGCACAGGAACCUAUUCUGGAUCUUCAGCAGCGAAUGACAGGGCUCUAGCUCAGAAACGUGAAAGUUUCUCUCAGGGAAAACAAAACAAACAUUCUGGAUUCCAAAAUUUGGGGAAUUCUGGGGCUAGUUGGGGAAAUAAAAACAGUGGUGGCAGUAAUGCUUGGGGAUCACGGAGAUCAGAAGCUUCUUUGUGGUUGUCUCUUAUCAACAAGCUUUCAAAGAAAUCCCUCUUACCAGUGGUCAUAUUUUGUUUUUCAAAAAAUCGCUGUGACAAAUCAGCUGAUAAAAUGACUGGGACUGACCUCACAACUAGCUCCGAGAAAAGUGAAAUCCGAAUCUUCUGUGAUAAAGCAUUUUCAAGGUUAAAAGGAUCAGAUAGAAAUCUACCUCAGGUUGUUAGAGUUCAAGAACUCCUUCGGAGAGGGAUUGGUGUUCACCAUGCUGGAUUGCUUCCAAUUGUUAAGGAAGUUGUGGAAAUGCUUUUCUGUCGUGGGGUAAUCAAGAUUCUGUUUUCAACGGAGACAUUUGCAAUGGGAGUCAAUGCCCCAGCUAGGACGGUUGUUUUUGAUGGUUUGAGGAAGUUUGAUGGCAAAGAAUUUCGGCAGCUGCUUCCUGGAGAAUAUACUCAGAUGUCUGGUCGUGCUGGCAGGAGAGGACUAGAUAAAAUUGGUACAGUUGUUGUGAUGUGCCGUGACGAAAUACCUGAGGAGAGGGAUUUGAAGCAUGUUAUAGUUGGCAGUGCAACUAAGCUUAAAUCUCAAUUUCGACUGACCUACAUCAUGAUCUUGCAUCUCCUUCGUGUUGAAGAACUGAAGGUAGAAGACAUGCUGAAAAGAAGUUUUGCAGAAUUUCAUGCUCAGAAGAAUCUUCCAGAGCAGCAACAACUUCUAAUGCUAAAGCUUGCUCAGCCUAAUAAAGCCAUCGAAUGCAUAAAGGGCGAGCCCGCUAUAGAAGAAUAUUAUGAUCUGUACUCACAGGCUGAGACGUACGGCAAUCAGAUUACAGAGGCAGUCAUGCAUUCCCCAGUUUCCCAACAAUAUCUCACUCCUGGAAGGGUGGUAGUUGUAAAAUCACAAUCUGCCCGAGAUCACCUAUUAGCGGUUGUUGUCAAAGCCCCUUCUGUUAACUAUAAACAGUACAUAGUAUUAGUGGUGACUCCGGAAUUACCUUCAUCACUUCCUACGCAGUCAGAUAAUGAAAAUUUGAGAGAGAAAAAAGGUUCUGAUUUCCAAAUUUUGGUACCAAAAUCAAAACGUGGUUUGGAGGAUGAUUAUUGUUCUUCAGUCACUUCUCGUAAAGGAUCUGGUAUUGUCAAUAUAAAAUUACCUCACCGUGGUUUUGCUGCUGGAGUGAGUUACGAGGUUAGGGGAGUUGAUAAUAAUGAGUUCUUGGCCAUAUGCAAACACAAAAUAAAGAUUGACCAAGUUCGGCUUCUUGAAGAUGUUAGUGCUGGCGCCUAUUCAAUUACUGUUCAGCAGCUUCUGACUCUGAAGUCUGAUGGAAAUAAGUAUCCACCUGCCUUGGAUCCAGUGAAAGUGAUUUAUCUUUCUGAUCCAAUUGGAGUUUGCACUUGGAGGAUAAAACAUUCAGAGGUGGUUUGCUCUCCACCUCUGCUCUACACCAACAUUUUGUAGCUUUAUUAGGAUGGUGGUUGUGGCCAAUGGUGAUGAUAAUUGUUAAUUUGGGGGUGAGGGGUUUGGUUGGCAGUAGUUUUGGGAUGGUUAUGGUAGUUUUCCAGUGUUGUGGUCAACUGAACAGUGGUUGGUGGCAGCAGCAUCAUGUGAUUGUGCUCGUGGCUGAUUGUGCAGCUAGGUUGAAGGGUUGGUUGCGAGUGUGGUGGUGGUUGGGGGGGGGGGAUCUUUAGUUUCCCCACCGUAAUAUUUUUUUAGUACCUUAUUUGUACCAUAAAAUAACAUGGGGAGAAGUUUACACUAGUAGAAUUUGAAUAAUAGCAGAGUGGGGGAUCAUUCUAAAACAUAAUGGAAAGAUUGGAAAGAUAUUUUGUGUUUUAUUCCGUAUUAGGGGUCCCAUCUGCUUUGUUUUGAAGUAGGGACAAAGCAACUGAGUUGAAAAGCUGGAAAUUUGGGUGAUUGGUAAGUGCUAAAACUUUGGUUAGAAGCGACAUAAGCAGCUUAUAUAUUAAGCUCAUUAGAAAUAAUAUCAGGCAACUAUUUAUAAUAACCAUGCAACACAAUAGAUGGGGGCUGCCUUAAUUUGAUACUAAAAGAGAAUUUCAUGCAAGUUUCAUGACGUCAUUUGCAGGUGUUGUGCAAGAACCAACAAGUUGAGUGAACUUCGGGUUCAAUUAAGAUAGGAACUCGAACAUUAGAAGUAUCAUUUGUUUAACUAGUAUACUCCUCUGAUGCUCAGACUCUUCGAAGUAAUCGGAGUACUCGUAUCGGAUACGGCACGACAUAUCAUGGGUAUGGGUAUGAGAUUUGUAUCGGAUCCUCCAAAUUUCAACAGGACACUUCGUCGUUUUUGCUUUUUCUUUCUUUUUUUUCCCCUUUACUUUCCUGUUUUCGCUCUCUAUAAACUUAGUGUUGCCGCUGAGAGGGUGGAGAAAGGCGGCAUUGCUAGAUUUUUGCCUUCUCUAUCUGUAAUGGUGGUUUAGGGUUUUAUUUAUAUAAAAUGAAAAUAGGUUCCAUAUAGUGUUAUUUAGUGCUCCACUAAAUUCAAAUUGCAAUCAAGUCCUUCAUUUUCUAUUUUAUAUAACAUUUAGGAAUUCCCAUGAUUGAAAACUAAAUCCCAAAAUUUUAUUUUAUUCGUCUUAACCUCUUAUUCAAUAUCUAUUUUCCUUCUUUGUGAAUAAUUUAUUUUGGUAUAUUCAAAAUAACAUCUUGGAUUAGUAAAAAAAUUGAAGUUUGAAAGACGUAUUCAUGUACUCGUGUCCGAAGUUUGGGUUCUUUUUAGCCAUGUUCCCAUAUCCUACAUUUUAGAAAAUAAAUUAUUCAACAUUUAGAUACGUGCCCAUAUUUGUACCCAAAUCUGAGCAUCAUAAGUACACUCUACUUGUACAUUUUAUGUGCUUCAUUAUCUAAUACUAGUUCUUGGGCCUGAGGUUUUCCUCAUUUAGGUUAAAAACUUGAUUUUUUAUCAGAAUUUUUUUGGUUUUCUUUUUUGGACUGUGUGAUACAUAUUUACUUAAUUCAGUGAAACCUCAUCUCAGCUACUUGUGCUGAGCUACAUGAAUCCCAUGGACUUGGGGCCAGCUUCACUUGUGGACAUGUUCAGUUCUUGUCCGUCUUUUUUCCUAUAGGUCCUAAGCCUUGAUAGAAGGUAGGUGUAUUAGGUAGGGUGAUAGAAGUCUGAGUAUGUGCUGCCAUUCUUUAAUAUGAACAUCAGAGAGUUGCAUGGUACUGAAUUCUGGAUAUAGCAAAUAUGUGGUCUAUUUGGAUGCUCUCAGAUUUUAUUUAGGGAUCUUCUUUUCAAUUGAGAUGAUGAU